UAUGGAAGCAUCCAGAUGUCUUCUGUGUUCUAUUUACAGUUUUGAUUUCCAGUGAAAGUAAUUCAGUAAGAGAGAACCAGAAUCAUCGGUAGAAGGCUUCAAAAGGGGGCCAUAUUUUGCAACACUUUUACCUGCUGGCCUUUGCCUGCCUACUUCACAAAUGUGUUACUCUUUCUCUAAUGUUGAGUGUUUCAACUGUGGUGCAAUCUCUCAUCCAAGUGAAAACUACAUGUAUCUGUUUUUGGUGUUUGCUGUUUGCAACAUAAAGUACUAAACUUUAUUAAAAUAGAGUACUUUGCUUUUAAUCAAAUACCCCCUGCACUGACAUCCAAAAAUGGACUUGUCUUACCCUCUCCCACCCUAAACAUCUAGUUGAUAACAAUUCGGGAACAAGUGAAUGUGUCGACAGCCCCUCAAUCUGCAUCUUAAUCAAAGUGCAGUCGAUGUGAAGUUUAUGCUGAACAUAUGCCAAAUCAGGAUUAUUCCCAAAAAAAGCAAACAUGUUGUGUAAACAUGUUCAGAGUAGCCUGCACAAAAUGCACCCUGGCUGUAAUCUAGUCGAGACACUCCCAUACAACCCAGGAGAGUUGAAAAGUGUACAUGUAUAUAACAUGCCCAGGCUCCAAGCUCAAUCUCAGACCUCUAGAAUUCCAAUACACCAACAGCAAUUAACCCACCAGCCCUAACACUAUCUCCCUUAUUAUAGAUUACUAGGUUGAUGGACAAUUUAAGUAAUCAUUUUUGUAUCCCUCUUUGUCUGUUUAUUUCAGGAGCUGCUGAAAAUUUAGAAAACACAAUGACAGCUUAUCAUCAUGCAUUAAAUAUGGGAACAGAAAUGCUUGAACUAGAUGUCCGCUUGACAGCCGAUAAACAGGUUGUUGUGUGUCAUGAUGACGACCUUUCCCGUGUUACAGACACAGAAUACAAUAUUUCUGAUUUCAAUUACAAGGAUCUGCCACCUCUAAUGAAAAGGCUCAAUGUUCAGUUUCAGCCAGGUGUUACAUGUGAUGUAAAGAAUGACGACUGUCGUAUUCCAUUACUAGAAAGUGUUUUUGAAGCAUUUCCUAAUAUUCCUAUAAAUGUAGACAUAAAAACCAACUCUGAUGUGCUUAUAGACAAGACACAUGAACUUAUCUGCAAGUACAACAGAAAGGAUUUAACAGUGUGGGGGAACUUUUCAAAAGAAGUUACUGACAAGUGUUACAAGAAGGAUCCAGAAAUCCCAAUAAUGUUUUCAAUGAAGCGUUGUGCUGCACUUGUGUUGCUGUUUUAUACUGGUCUACUGCCAUUUAUUCCCAUCAAGGAGUCAUUCCUGGAGAUCAUGUUACCAGUCACAAUGAUUAGGUAAAGAUGUUACCAUAUAAUUGAGUUCAAACAUUAUUCUUUAAAUAACAUGAAUAAGUAAUAAAUAUUAAUGGUUAGAAGCCCGGACGUGCAGACAAGGGAUCUUUCUAAAUGUAACAAUAAUAAUAAAUAUAAUAAUAGUGAUAAUGAUAAUGAUAAUGACAAUGAUAAUGAUAAUGGUAAUGACAAUAGUAAUAAUAAUAAUAAUAAUAAUAAUAAUAAUAAUAAUAAUUCAUUUAUAUAGCGCACACAUCCAUUAUUUGCCCAAGGUGCUUUACAAAAUUAUCCCUACAAUCUACAAUUUUACUCUAAGAAACUUGGAAACUAAAAAACUAGCAAAAUACUGAAAAAAAACUAGAAUCGAAAAAAAAAUUAAAAGUAUGAUAAAGAGUUACUCUUAAUAAAUUUAGU